CCCUGGCCAGUGUUAUGAAUGGCAGGAGAGGAACAAAAACGCUAGACUCUUUGUUGUUUUUAAGUGCCAUUUUUUCCCCAUAAUGUCAACUGCUGUUAACAAAUAUGACGUCCUAAAAUCCAAUGAUGACUCCGGGGAAGAAGACAGUGGAAGCCGAGAUAUGAAAGACAAACCACUGCCACAAGUGGAGGUAAAACCAGGCGAGCACCCUCUUCAGUACACAUAUUCUCUUUGGUUCAGCAGAAGGGCACCAGGCAAACAGGCAACAACACAAAACUACGACCAAAAUCUUCAAUUAUUAGCCAGGUUUGCCUCAGUGGAACAAUUCUGGGGAUAUUACAGCCGCUGUUUGCGGCCAGUCGAUCUUCCUUCACACUCCGAUAUACAUAUUUUUAAAGAUGGAAUCAAACCCAUGUGGGAGGAUUCGGCUAAUAAAAACGGUGGGAAAUGGAUUGUACGUUUAAGGAAAGGACUUGCUUCGCGUUGCUGGGAAAAUAUGAUCUUGGCAAUGCUUGGUGAGCAGUUUAUGGUUGGUGAUGAAAUCUGUGGAGCUGUUAUAUCUGUACGCUUCCAGGAGGACAUAAUAUCUGUCUGGAACCGCACAGCGCAAGACUCUAUCACCACAGGAAAGAUCCGGGACACCCUAAAGCGUGUUCUUAACCUACCUCCUACUACUGUUAUGGAAUACAAGACCCAUAACGACUCUCUCAAGCACACCCACUCCGCGUCAAGCCUACUACGCAAACCCGGCCUACCCAUGAGGCAUGACCUCCUUCACUGACGUCUCUCUUCUUUUGCUCCCCUCUCCCCUCCUCUUCCUGGCAGGGGGGGGGAGGGUGGGGAGAGAGAGAGAGAGAGAGCCUGAGACACCACCCAUUCUCUGUGCAUCUACAGGUGGACCAUUCAAGCUUUCGAAACACAAGGGCCGAUAGCUUCAACGCCCGUGCAGAGGGAUUCCUGAGAUAAUGGAAUAUGACGCUGGAAAACUCUGCUUACCUGAUGACACAGGCCGUGAAACUUUUUUUUUUUUCUUUUUUUAUUGUCUUUCCCAUGGAAAUCUAUAUAUUUUUUUUGCCUUUCAAGAUUUACUGAGAUUUUCCUUUUUCUUUAAAGUCUUGAAUUUGUUUGACUUUAAUGAUGUUAUUAAAAGAAUAAAUUUUUGUGUUUGUUCCAUCCUUGCAAUGACUUUUUUCAACAUCUUUUGAUGUUUUAACCUCCAUACUGUACAAGUACAACUUUUGAGCCUUUGGUUCUGCUGU